UUCACCGCUUAUCAGUUACAUCACAAACGACUUACUUGACGUCACGUUAACCAACGAAUCAUAACGUAGAAAUAUUCGUACCAAAACAAGCCACAGUACCGGAAUAAUCUCCCAAUUUCCCCCUUACCUCAGUUCAACUUGAAAAACGUAGAAAGACACUCGGGAAAUCUUGAUCAGUCGCACAGUCGCUCGAAUGUUGUUUACCUUGGAGAAGUGAAGCUUUGAGAAAAAAAAAUGUGUACGAAAAUUUACCCAAAUUUAUCGUGUUUUUGGAGUUAUAAUAAUUAUUUCGCUCGUACGAAAUCAAUAUAACGAUCUGGCUGUGUUGAUAUUUCGAGUAUAUAAUGGUUGACCGUACCAAAGCCAUAAUCAAAGAUUGGUUAGCCGAGUCUUCGAGGGACGAGAUCAAUUCUACGAAAUCCGAAGAAGAUAACGAUAUCGUAACAGCGUUAUAUUCGUAUCUAGACGAUAUUAAUAAUAAAUAUCUAGAAGAUAUUAAAAUAGACGACGUAUGCAAUGUACUGUUCGAAUACUACAGAACGAGUAAGCCGGAAAAGAAACGAUUCACGUUGCAGUAUUUACCUCAGAUUUUGUACGUCUAUCUGAACGCCAUCGCUCAUUCUGAUAAAAAAACUAGUCGUAGCAUAGAAGCGUUUAUUAUCGGCGUUUAUAAUUUAGAAAUCGUCGAUGAUAACGGACAACCUAAAGUACUCUCUUUUAGAUUACCUUCUUUAGCACAGUCUUCCAUUUUUCACGAACCUGUUAGCUUAGGUCCUGCUUCGUUAACCGAAUCGUCUCUAAAACGAUUAGAACAACGAGAUUCGCAGUUAGUAAGAUGUGGCCCGCUACAACCGGUGGAUAAAUUAGUAGCUCAAAAUAGAUUAUCUGUUUUAUCGGAACUAUUGUUCUCGUACAACAAGCAUAUCUCACUUUUAUCCAAAUCUUCGGUGGAAACGUUGGAGAAAAUAUGUAAAGUUAGUUCGAAAAUCGUAACCCAAGGGUUUUCAAAAUCAACCAACGGUGGAGUUGAAAUGUACAGAAGGUCUUCUUUAGUUCUAAUGAAUAGCGAUAACGUACCUCGAGUUUUACCAAGAAUUACCGUCUCAUCUUCGUUUCUGUGCCAGCUACUGUAUGGUUUAUAUUUCGCUAUGUUUAAUGGAUUCAAAUACGAAGCAUUACAAGCCAUCGAAGCUAUAGCAGUUCGAGCUGGCUAUCAAGGACUGAACGAUGUUAUUUUAUUGACGAACGCGAUUAAAAAUUAUCUUAACGAAAGUCAAACUGAUAGUGGACUUAUGGGUAUUGGUGUUCCGGUAGCAAGUACCAUUACAACGACUACAACGACUACCCUCUCCAAAUCUAUGAUAACUAACGCUUCAUUUAGAACUAAGAAAUUACCCGAUGACAUUCCAAUACAGGAUCCUCAUCAUCCUUCAGAGAACGCCGACGGUUUGGGAGCUAUUUCUGAAGAAAAAGAAGAUAAUAAUAAUACGCCGGAAAUUCACCCUAGAAGAAGCUUACCAAAAAUGGCGGCUAGUUUUGGCAAAAAAACCAAAGAAAAGAUUGCCAUCGCUGUGAAAAGUGGCAGUGUCAGUAGCAUCAAAAGUGUAACGAAGAGCAAUUCAAUCAUGCUAAACGGAGGCGACGCUUCUGAAACCGAUGAAAGUGGAAUCGAGCUAGGAGGUUCGGAUAUAUCAAACUUAGCUAUGCAAGAAAACGAUAACUCAUCAACGCCUUACAACAACCGUAAAACCCCUCAGAUGACUAACAAUACCCUAGACAUCGACGUAAGCAGAUCAAUGCAAGUGAGUUCGGUGUAAAUGGCGAAGAAAACGUAUCAACUUUCCAUCCUUUUUUUUUUGUUUUUAUCGAUUCGCGUACGCGAUUCGAAUUUUACUUUGUUUUGUUUUACUUUUAAUUUGGAUUAACGACUACUUGUAUGUAUCAAUGUUGCAUACUCGUCUCCAAAUUAUCAUCGUCGUCGUUUCGUUAUUGUUAUUUAUCCUUAUCGUUAUAUGAAAAAAUGUUGUAUUUAUUAUGUUUUAUUAUAAUUAAUUAUUAUUAUAAGAUGGUUGGAAUGCGUGUGUGUGACCGCCGAAACAAUUGAUAAAUUUAUACUGACGCAUUUCACAACGCGAUGAAAAGAAAAACUCCGAAGGUUAUUUUGUUAAUUUUUUAGUCGAGGGUUUUUUUUCUUCUUCGCUUCUUCGUACGUAUGUACUUUCUCUCACAAACUCACUACAAACAUUUACACACACGCACGAACACUCGCUUAUAUUUUAGUAACUUUUUACUACCUACUCGCCGUUGUGUAUUGUUUUUCUGUUGUUUAUGAUGAAUGAAAGCAGUGACCAAUUUUAUUGGAUUACCAAUCCUAUACCUGAGAGGUCGAUAAUUUCCUCACUAAAUGUUCCUGCUUUUUGUUUUAUUCUCGUUUGUAUUCGUUAUGUUUGUUUUCUUUCUUUCUAAUUCUACUUCUAUCUUCUGUGUACUGUGUUGUUAAAACAACAUGUCUAGUUCGUCCAUUUACACGUAAUAUAAUAUAUACUGAAAAAAUGAAAUGAUUCGAACUCUAAACGUCCACGCUUUUGAAACUACCUACCUAUAUAGAUACACUGUGUAAAACAACGUGUAUAUCGUUAUGUUAUUUAUUUUUUAUGUUUAAAUCAAAGUCUAAUAUGUACGUAAUGUAGCAUUUUUUCUGAAAACCAAAGCUUUUACGCGAAUUGAGGAAGAGUAAAACGUUAAACGUAACACGAUCAAAGAUUAUGACGUUAUCAGAUUGAGAUGACCGAGUGAAAAAAAUGUCGAUUUUAUUAUUUUUGGGUUUUAUUUAAUAUUUUUCUAAGUCGUAGGGUUCGGAAUAUUUUGACUUCUCUCACAAAAAAAAAAGGAACGGUGAUUUGAACGAGAAUCGUAAUUAUUAUUUUAGAAAGAACGUUGAAAUUUUAGUCUUAAUUCAAGGUGCAAGGGUAUAAUGGGCGUACCGGUGAUAUGUUACGGUAUUUUAUUUUGUAAAUUUAUAGUAUUACUUUUAAUAAUAUUUUAUUAUUGUUUCGUUUCUCUGUUUUUUUCUUUCCCCCCUUAUUUUUUUUCAAUGUAAUUUUAUUAUUAUUACGUUAUGUAGUUGAUGUUUUUUGUUCUUUGUGAUGUAGGCCUACUUCAAAAUGUUAUGUACUUACGUGUGUUUCUAUUUGUAUGAUUUAUUUAUUUGUUACCAAAUUUAUAAUUUCUGUUCUAUUCAAAUUUAACUUUUUUUUCGUUGUA